UCCGUUUUUUUUGGUCAACGCUGAUUCACUCCGCUCACUUCUAAUCAAUUCCCAACAGAUGAGUUUUAUCGAGCGUCGUCUUCACGCCAGUAGUGCUGCUGACUGCACUUACAGACACGAAAGAUGCAAGUAGAUUAUAGGGAUAGCUGUGAAGGCUGUGCGUGGAAACAGUUUGAGCCUUUGAGCGAAGAUCAUUGUCAGUGGCUGUAGAGUUCGCUCCAGUGACCAGUAAGUGUCAGUAAGCGAUGAGCCAGUCGACGAAACUGCGCAGCUGUUGGAGUGAAGACUAAUUCGAAAACACAACUGUUAAGUGCACUGCUACCAGUCGAUUGUCCAUACAUAUUAAGCCGCUGCCGCUAUAGCUGGUGAUUCAUCGUUGCCUCGUACUCCUCAAACGAUCAAUUUGCAGCCGCUUGUACUCGAUUCAGAGCCCGGGCGGUUGGCAUCGCGGUUGGGUUGGAUUUCAAGGAUCGAGACUGUCGAAUAAGUAUGUUGUAAAAGCCAUUCCCUUGAGAAUCCUUGAGAUCGCUGUCGACACUUAAAUUAACGCUCAUCGAUGAACGAGCAGCCAGCAACAGUGGGUCUGCCGUCGUCAAGAAGCUGUCGCCGUACGCGCCGUCGUCGCUUCGAGAGUUCCUCGGCUCUGGCUCAAUCGCUGACCUAGCGAGGGCCACUUAGAUGCCUCUUUUCCUGCGACCGGAGUUCCAGCAGCGGCAACAACAGCGGCAGGAGCAGCAGCACCAUUACAAGCGGCGCGCAAGCAUGGAGGAACUCACGGAAACGUCGGAGGUGUCGGUGGUCGACGUCUACGACAUCGCCUCGGAAAUUGGCAAGGAGUGCGAGAAGCUCAUUGACGCGCACGGUUCCGAAUCGAUCGCCAACCUCAUGCCCAAGGUCAUCAAUGCCCUCGAGCUUCUGGAAAACCUUGCUACCAAGAACGAGCGCGAAAACACUACUGUGCAGGAGCUCACCGCCAAAAUCGCCCAACUUGAGUCCGACAAGAUUGGCAAGGCUGAAGACAGGCAACGCUUCGAAAAAGAGCUCGAGCAAAUCGAAGAUCAUUGGAAGCAAGAGUCUCGCGACUUGCUAGAGAUGGUCAAUAGGUUGCAAGAGGAAAAUCGCCGAUUAGCCACUGCUGUGCAGGAAAAUCGAAGUGACAGCGACGACAGUGGUAAACAAAGCUUUACCUCUGGCCAAGAAGUUGAUAUUGCGGUUCUGCAACGCCUCAGGACAAUGAUCGACAAACAGAGAGAGCAGAUUCGGAGUCGAGAUCGCGAACUGUCGCAAAAAAGUGCAGAAAUUGAAAACUUAAAUAAUCAAGUGGAUAAACUGACAGUCGUUGGGAGAGAAUUGAAACGAAAGCAAAGGCAAGCACAAAUGCAAGCCAGGGGCUUGGUGGAAGAGCGUGCAGACUUUUUAGCUCAAUUACAAGAUCAAAAUAGAGAGUUAAUCAACCUUCGCGCGAGACUGGGGCUCGCGAGAAAAGAAAACGAGGACUUAUUCAAAUCCCAAGCUUAUUCAGACUUGGCAAAUAAGGUCGUUUACGAUGUAGAUGAUCCAGAUAGACCUAGAUUCACCACAGCUGAGCUCAAAGAGAUUCUUCACGAGAGAAAUGAACUGAAAACUAGAGUUGCUGAGCUGGAAGAAGAGCUGGAGCUAUAUCGACCGAAAGCUGAACCAGCGGAAGCCGAAAAAGAUGCUCCAGUUCAAGGUCCGUUGCCUUAUGAACCUGACGACGCUCCAUGGAAAAAAUCAGAAUCUGGAAUACGAAAAUUUUUCAGGAAAAUCUUCUCCGAGACAAGCAGUAGCUUUUUAGGUGGCAGCAGUCCCCGUCGAAGUCUUUCUAGUCUAUCAAAAAUGGCACUUUCGGGAAGUUCAGGUGGUGAAGCUUAAGUUUAAUUCGUUAUAUUAUGA